GAGACAAGUACCUGAACUCGUGUUGUUUUUUAAAACCAUUCAUUCAUUGAUUUUAUUGAGUGAACUGCUUGACUUCUGAGAGAAAGAAAAGCCGUCUCUCAAACGAGUUAAAAUGCUGUUAUCAACAAAGACCCCCAGGGCCCUGGCGGCCAUCUUUGAGAGUCCCAGUGAUGACGAGGACUUCCUGGGUUUCGCCGUGCAAGUGCUGAGUGACAGCGAGUCAGACAGCCUAGCCUCCGAGGACUCUGGGAAGCCGGCCAUGUCUUUCAGGUCAAAGUUUGUGACCUCGGAGUUGGUUAGUCUGUUUAGCCAUUCCGACAAUGAGGGGGAGGAGUUUGAGGGCUUCAGUGAGGAAGAAGAGGAGAAGAGGGGUUCCAGAAGCAGGACGAAGGCUAUGUGCAUAGCGGAGGAGAGUGAUGAGGACACAGGGUUCUACUCUGAGGGGGAGGAGCCAGACACACACAAGAGGAAGAGUCUCUGUGUCGCCUUCAGGUUUCCCACAAAAAGACUCUCUGCCCAGAAAGGUGAGGCGCCAAUCAACGCCGCCCCUCUGGAGAGGAGAACCAAUGAGAGGCUGCAUCUAAAAAGGGGUUUGUCUCAGGAGUCCAGUGGGAGGGAGACACGGGCUCAGAAAGAGGCGUUAGGAAAAGAGAAGAUGGAGGUCGAGUCUCUGGUUCUAAAUAAACGAGCCAAGAACAUCCAGGAGAACAAAGCCAUGUUGGCCAAGCUGUUUGCUGACCUGACCAACAUGUCUGAAGUCACCUCGUCUCCUACCAAGAAGAGGCGUGUGAGUGAGAAGCCGCCCCCUCGUAGACGAGGUGUGUGUGAGGGCAGCGAGAGGAGGAACCCAUCGCGUGCGGCCAGACCGCCAGAGAAGUUCGGGGUGGAGGAGAGCGGUACCUCCCCUUCACGACACCACAGAUCCGUGAGAACUAUCGACGUUGGGAAACUACUGGAGGUGGACGAGCUGGGUAGAAGCGGGAAGAAGAGGAGGGCCAGCAGCGGGAGGAAGAGGAGAAUUACCCAUGUGAGAUCAGUGGAUGAAAUCACAGAGGAAGAGCUGGACAACGUGGCGCAACGCGCCAAAGACAAGAUACUGGACAAGGACCACGGCAGCACGUGUCACCAGUGCAGACAGAAAACUCUGGACACCAAGACGGUCUGUCGUAGUGGAGUGUGUAUAGGGGGCAAAGGUCAGUUCUGUGGUCCCUGUCUGAGGAACCGCUACGGAGAGGACGUACACACGGCUCUACUAGACCCGGACUGGGAGUGUCCUCUGUGUAGAGGUAUCUGUAACUGCAGUCUGUGUCGACGGAGAGAAGGACGCUGUGCAACCGGACAACUGGUCCAUUUGGCUCAACACAAGGGCCACAGCAACGUCCAAGAUUACCUGGAGAGCAUCCAGAAAGAUCUUAGAGCCUAGAGACAAGCGGACACGCCCCCGUUGGUCAGGACUGAGAAUUACACCCAACAGUAAUAAUCUCUCCUUUCUCCUGAAGUGUACACUCGUUCACUUCUUCCCACCAAUCUGAAAGUGUUGGAUUGGAGGAGACAUGGGCUAAAAGAGGUUUCCACCAUAUUUCUUACACCAGUCAAUGGAAGUGAACAAGUGUACACUUUGGAAGGAAGGUGAGAUAAUUAGGACGUCGUCACACUGACGCACAUUGUCCUGCUUUAAUACCGUCACGGUUCAGACUAGAACUCAGGGUUGUUCCUCAACCUCUCCCUCUGACACCUUAUUUAAUCAGUCAUGUUCAGUAGGCACACAACGAUUUGAAACGGGAGGUAGUACCUGACAUUCUGCAGGAAGAACAGUAAUAAGUAAUAACAUAUGUUAUUCAGUAUUUAUCUGGACAGUGAAGCAGAAAGAUUUGAUUUAUGUCUAUCCACCAUUUUGGAUUUGAGAUCAAAUGUUUUAUGAGGUGACUGUACAGAAUGCAGGGGUUGAAACCGGUUCAGGGAACAGAACCGAAAUCCUGAAAAGAACGAAAAUGUUCAAGGAACAGAAUCCGAACUGGGAACAAAAGUAAUCUUUACUAUACAGGAACAGAAUUGUUAUUUUAAAAUUAUGGGAACUGGUUAAUAAAUGUUCCGGGCAUAUUUUUUUUUUCAGUCCCACCCAAAAUUUUUAAAGUGCCUUUACAAAAGCCCACCCUCUGUCAAUCAAACUUCAUCCAGCGUCUGCCUGCCAGCUGAAAAUCAUUUCCUAUGCGUGCGCAUGUAGUCUACCAAGAAUGCUUUAAUAGAUUUUAAGAAAAGAUAAGAGUAACAAAUAAUUAAACAGCAGCAGUAUAAUAACAGUAGCGAGGCUUUAUACAGGGGUACCGGUACAGAGUCAAUGUGGAGGCUAUAUACAGGGGGU